AUGCUGCGGAAGGCCGUAGUCGCCUUCAUCGCCUGCGCCGCCCUGUACCUCGCCUUCUCCGCCUACUCCCGUCGCCAGAACAUUGCAGAGGUUCAAUUACCAGCAGUUACUCACAGGGUCUACCUAGAUGUAGAAAUUGAUGGCCAACACAUAGGUAGAAUCAUUAUUGGUCUCUAUGGGGAGGUUGUUCCAAAAACAGUUGAAAACUUUAGGGCCCUUUGUACAGGUGAAAAGGGGGUCGGGUCCAAUGGCAAACCUCUUCAUUAUAAAGGAACACCGUUCCAUCGUAUUAUCCCUGGCUUCAUGAUUCAGGGCGGUGACAUAGUUAGAGGCGACGGGAAAGGAAGCGAGUCUAUAUAUGGAGGCAUCUUCCCAGAUGAAAAUUUCACUGUAAAACAUACACAUCCAGGUUUCUAUCUGAAAAUUAUUAAAUUAGAAUGGGGUUGUUGCUAUAAUAAUUCUGGACUUGAUUCCAAUGGAUCCCAGUUUUACAUAACUACUAUCAAGACAAGCUGGAAUGGAUAUCCAUACAAUCCCAAGGAAGAAGCGGUAUCAGUGUAUGGUGAUCAGCAGCUAGCUAUCUCUCGAGCACAGGUUGAGGGACCAGGAGAUUGGAUCUAG